AUUCAGAAUUUUAUUUAUUUUUAUUUUCGGGGUCCGUUCAUCUUCCCCAUCCGUUGUAACCCGUACAAAAAUUGCAACAAUCUUAAGGUAGUAGUCAUAUCCGUGCGCAAUGGCGGGUAUGGACGGAUUCGGUUUUGACGCUCUCACCGGAAACGGGAGUAGUUCCAAGACUCCGGUUGUGAAUGUUUCGGCUGGAUUGGGUGGCUCUAUUGGGCAGAUCACUCCGAUCAACAUUCCUUUCGGAUCGAGUGCGGCCAUGGGGUCCGCUCCGAUCACCUCGGUUAUUGGACCAACCGCGGCUACGGCCGCAAUGGUCACCCCACUCAGACCGUAUAUGGCUUCGGCCAUACUGGUCAUUCCCUCACUUGGACCGAACACGGGUGUCUUCACAUCCGCACCGGUCGGACAUCCUACUGUCAUGCUGCCUGCGAACUCUGUCAAAGAACCGGCAAAGUUCACAGGUGUUGGCUUUAAAAUAUGGCAGCAAAGGAUGUUAUUUUGGCUGACCACCCUCAACCUUACGAGGUACUUGAGGGAGGAUCCCCUUGUUGUGGGGGAGAACGCGGACAAGCCAACAGUUCAGGCCAUGAAGGAUAAACCGUGGUCACUGUGGGGGCGGUACUGGAACCUUCGGCCAGUCCCUUCUGUUCCUGCUGAAGACAGUGACUUCCGAAAAUGAUGAGGCAUUAAAUGGACAACCUUGGG